GCUGCGACAUCGCUACCACACAAUCGCCCACUUGUCGACUCGUCAACCACAAAACCCGCGCGCCUUUUACGGGGGACGAGAAAAAAAAUGGACCUGAAGGGCGCCGUCACGCAUUCCGAUCCUUGUAAGACCACACUGGAGACCCUUUUAAUACUCCCGUUGGGUAUCCAUUAAUAUGUAGCUUUCAUGUGUAUUUCGUGUUUGCGAUUCCGUUGUUCGGGGACUUUUUGCUUGGUGUGUCGUGGGAUAGAAAGCAAAUCACUCACUUACUUCUCGUUGUAUCGGGUAUCGUAGCGAUGAAGGCUCCGAAAUCAUUGGGCACUGUGGUGAUCAAGCUAGGCACCAGCUCCAUCGUCGAUGAGACGACAAAAAAACCUCUCCUCUCCAUCUUGACCCUAAUUGUUGAGACGGCCGUCAAGUUAAGGGAAGAUGGACACAAAGUCGUCAUCGUCUCGUCGGGUGCCAUCGGCGUUGGGCUUCGCCGUAUGGACAUAGCCGUAAGGCCCAAGAAGCACAUGUCCAAGUUGCAGGCUUUGGCAGCAAUAGGACAAUGCCGCCUCAUGAGUCUAUGGGACAGUCUCUUCACACAAUUGAGACAGCCAAUCGCACAAAUUCUUCUCACCAGGAAUGAUAUUGCGGACAGGUCCAGGUACCUAAAUGCCCAGAAUACAGUCAUGGAGCUCCUUGACAUGGGCGUUAUCCCCAUCGUAAACGAGAACGACACUCUCGCCGUCUCGGAAAUCAAGUUUGGCGACAAUGACACACUAUCCGCUAUUACUGCAGCUAUGGUUCAUGCAGAAAUGCUAUUCCUCAUGACGGACGUAGAUUGUCUAUAUGACAAGAAUCCCCGAGCUCACCCAGAUGCCAAGGCUAUCGAGGUGGUAGAGGAUAUCGGAGCCUUAUCUGCUGAUGUGUCCUCUGCCGGAUCGUCUUUGGGUACGGGUGGCAUGUUUACCAAGAUCGUGGCAGCAAGGCUUGCCACCUCUGCAGGAGUCACCACCAUCAUCGCCAGGGCGUCAAAUCCGGGCAAUAUUCUCAACAUUGUGAAAUGGAUUGAGGCAAACCCAGCUGCCACAUCGUCCAGGAUCAGUGUAAAUGACCACACAGACUCUUUCAUGCCCAGGAACGAAUCAGGAAUUCAGCCUCCAUUACACACACGAUUCCUUCCCUCAACAGACCCAAUCAGGGACCGGUCAUUCUGGAUCCUUCACGGCCUCAAGCCACACGGCACAGUCUACAUAGACCAAGGCGCGUACCAAGCACUGUUGGAUAAGGCUGGCCUACUACCUGUGGGUGUAGUGGAUGUCGAAGGACACUUUGCACAGCAGGAAGCCGUCCGGAUCGUGGUGGUCGAGAAGAAACUCUCAACGCCAACCCCUGACGGAAAGUACUGGGAGGGUUCUACCAACGAGGUUGGCCGAGCUUUGGUGAACUACUCAUCGGCCGAGAUCGCCAGGAUCAAGGGUCACCAAAGCACAGAUAUCAAGGAUCUACUCGGCUACGCUGACAGCGAGUACGUCGUUCACCGAGCGCAGAUCAGCUUCUUCAGGAGGGAAAGCAGACCGGUCUCCCCAACAAUGGAGAUGGAACCCAUCACCCGCGGAAUUGGAAGCUACGAGGUCACACACUAAAUGAAGGACAAACAGAUUUUGGUCGUUUCUGUACGUAAUGCAUAUUGGUUGUUUUGAUGCAUUUGCGACUUGACGCAUUGGCUGCGUAAUGUGGUAUGGUAUCUACAAAAGACCGCAAAUAGACAUUCAAUUUCGACUCCAGAUUAAACAAAGGUUUCCUGAACGCCUAUACUCCUAAGCCC